CAUGAAAGCCUUUAUUUCAUCACAUAUUGUAUGCAAUCGUUUGCAACAAAAACUUAUUUAAACAUUGAUUUCAUUGAAAAUCAAGUCUUAAAUUGAUUUGCAUUUCAUUAAAACGAUUAUAAUUUGAGUGAAAAUGAGUGAAACAAUUGACAAACAAUUGAAAGACGGCUUAAAACUGAAGGAGUUAUACAUUCACGAGAAGACCGGCGAUGACGGGUCCGGCGACGGCACUGAAGCCAAACCACUCAAGACAUUACUGGAGGCGAUGAGACGGGCGGCCGAAGAGCCGUUUCCCACGUUUUACGCGGAGUCUAAAGAAGAGGGCAAGAAAUGGGACGUCGUUUCUGUGUCUCAGAUCAAGAAAAUCAAGAAGAUUUGGGUCCGAGAGAAGCACAAGACUGAAGGAAAACAGGAGAAAGAGGCCAAAGAGGAGGAGAAGAAGGCCACCAAUUUGGAGGACGCGAAGAGUAUUGUCAUUAAAAUGGAUGAAUCGCUGCCCAAAGCGGUCGAAAUUAAAAUACGAGACACUGUUUCGCAUCGGAACCAAAGGGUGACGAUUAAGGGUUGGGUCCAUAGACUCAGACGUCAGGGAAAGGCUCUGAUGUUUAUUACGUUGAGAGACGGCACCGGUUUCUUGCAGUCGGUUCUCACCAAUCAAUUGUGUCAGACAUACAAUGCUCUCACACUUCAGACCGAAUCGACGGUUCAAUUGUACGGAACGCUCAAAGAGACGCCCGACGGAAAGACAGCGCCCGGCGGUCACGAACUGCAGUGCGAUUACUGGGAACUGGUGGGCGACGCACCGCCCGGUGGUAUCGAUCACGUGCUCAACGAAGACUCGUUUAUCGACAUCCAAUUGGAUCAAAGACACCUUAUGCUGAGGGGAGAGGUCUUAUCCAAGAUAAUGACCUUUCGGUCGCUUGUAUUGCAAGCAUUUCGCGGACACUAUAUAUCGAGAGGUUAUGUAGAGGUGACGCCACCCACGUUAGUACAGUCUCAAGUCGAGGGCGGAUCCACUCUUUUCAAGUUUGACUACUUUGGCGAAGAGGCAUAUUUGACACAAUCGUCUCAACUCUAUUUGGAGACAUUGUUGCCCUCAUUGGGUGAUGUCUUCACUAUCGCUCAGUCAUACAGAGCAGAGAAAGCGCGCACUCGAAGACAUUUGUCUGAAUACUCUCACGUGGAGGCCGAGUGUCCAUUCAUCUCAUUCGACCAAUUGUUGGACAGAGUAGAGGACCUAAUAGUGGAUGUGAUCGACAGACUGAUGGCCGAUCCGUUGGGCAAAGAGACAAUCAAUCACUUCAACCCCGACUUUAAGGCACCGAAAAAGCCGUUUAAACGUAUGGACUAUAAGGACGCUAUUGUUUAUCUCAAAGAGAAUAACAUCACUAAAGAGGACCAAACUUUCUAUGAAUUCGGUGAAGACAUUCCCGAAAUGCCCGAAAGGAAAAUGACUGACAAAAUAAAUGAGCCAAUAAUGUUGUGUCGAUUUCCAGCGGAAAUUAAGUCGUUUUAUAUGCCUCGUUGUGCUGAAGAUAAUAGACUCACAGAAUCUGUGGAUGUAUUGCUUCCGGGUGUGGGAGAGAUAAUCGGCGGUUCAAUGAGGAUAUGGAAAUACGAUGAGUUGAUGGCGGGCUUCAAACGCGAAGGGAUUGAUCCGAAAGACUACUACUGGUACUCCGAUCAGCGUUUGUUUGGUUCGUGCCCUCACGGGGGCUAUGGCUUAGGUCUCGAGCGAUUCAUUACGUAUGUCCUCAACCGUUACCACAUUCGCGACGCAACUCUUUACCCACGAUUUACCUCCCGAUGUAAGCCUUAAUAUAGACCC